UGUGUGGCGGGGGGCGGGCUCUGCGCCCGCAAGCAGGGCUCAGGUCUGAGCGUGGCAUCCUGACUUGCCCGCUGCGAGGGGCAGGGCGCCGCAGUGCCGUAGUAGCGGGCAGCCGAGACGCACCGCUCAGGAGCCGCGGGUACCGGAGCGGGCAGAGACCCCGGCGCUGCCUAACCCCCUCCGGGCCGCCCGAGCUCCAACCCCCUCCCCGGGAGGGCUGCGCGGGCCGCAAGACGCCCAGACGCCAGCCUCGGUCCCCUUUCAGUCUCUCGGUUCAUCUUUCCUCCCAAGUAAGGGAAUAAGCCCCAAGGAAGGAGCGCUCCGGCGAACCGCGCAACAAAGUGUUGGCAUGCUGAGGAAAAGCAAGGAUUUCUGAAUUUACCGUGACUACAGAUAGAAGGAUGUUGCCUUAGGAAUAGCAGAGGUCUUCUCUCAGCUGCUAAACAGUGCCCGCUGCUGCCAUAGGCACUUGGGUCCUCGAGAAAUCUCCUGAAGGACUUGUCCAUUGUGUACUUGCAAUGAGCCAGGCCCUAGGCUGGGCCUUGGCUACAGCCUGGUGAGCAAAACUCUCUCCCUAGCCUCAAACGCGCACACCCAGGAAAGAUGAGUGAAGAACGGUGGGUCUCCCUCACUCCAGAAGAAUUUGGCCAACUCCAGAAAUAUGCAGAAUAUUCUUCCAAGAAGAUAAAUGAUGUCUUGGCUGAAUUUAAUGAGGGUGGGAGCCUCAAACAAUAUGACCCACAUGAGCCUAUUAGCUAUGACAUCUUCAAGCUGUUCAUGAGGGCGUACCUGGAGGUGGACCUUCCACAGCCACUGAGCACACACCUCUUCCUGGCCUUCAGCCAGAAGCCCAGACAGGAGACCCCGUCCCACCCAAAGGAGGGGGCCAGCAACAGCGAAGCCAGUGGCCCAGACACUCAUAAAAUUCUUGUCUCUACCGUGAAAAGAAUGGGGCAACAAAGGGUUUCAUGUUUACUAAACAUUGUGUCCUUGGAUGAUUUCCUCUUGCCUGUCACAGAAUCUAAGAUCACCGAGAAGCAAGUGCCAACUAAAGACCAAGUGUCUGCGACCCCCGUGGGAAACCAUGAUGCUCAGUCUUCAGGCUCAGAAUCCCCCACAGUGUACCUGAAGGAUGUCAUGUGUUACCUGUCCUUGCUGGAAACGGGGAGACCUCAGGAUAAGCUAGAGUUCAUGUUUCGUCUCUAUGAUUCGGAUGAGAAUGGUCUCCUGGACCAAGCGGAGAUGGAUCGUAUUGUCACCCAGAUGCUGCACAUUGCCCAGUAUCUCGAGUGGGAUCCCACGGAGCUGAGGCCUAUAUUGAAGGAGAUGUUACAAGGGAUGGACUACGACCGGGAUGGCUUUGUGUCUCUCCAAGAGUGGGUCCACGGAGGGAUGACCACCAUCCCAUUGCUCGUCCUCCUGGGCAUGGAUGACUCUGGCUCCAAGGGGGACGGGAGGCACACCUGGACCAUGAAGCAUUUCAAGAAACCAACCUACUGCAACUUCUGCCAUGUCAUGCUGAUGGGCGCUCGGAAGCAAGGCCUGUGCUGCAUUUACUGUAAAUACACCGUCCAUGAACGCUGUGUAUCCAAAAACAUUCCUGGGUGUAUCAAAACGAACUCAAAAACCAAAAGGGGAGGAGAGUUUCACCGCAAAUGUGAAUUGUCAACUUUGUGUGACGGUGGGGAGCUCAGAGACCAUAUUUUGCUGCCCACGUCAAUAUGCCCCAUCACCCGGGACAGGCAAGAUGGGAAGUCUGACGGUAGCGUGUCAGCCAAGGACGAACUUGUAACGCAGUAUAAGAUCAUCCCCACCCCGGGUACCCACCCUCUGCUGGUUUUGGUGAACCCCAAGAGUGGAGGGAGACAAGGAGAAAGAAUUCUUCGGAAAUUCCACUAUCUGCUCAACCCCAAACAAGUUUUCAACCUGGACAAUGGGGGGCCUACUCCAGGACUCAACUUUUUCCGUGAUACUCCAGACUUCCGUGUCUUGGCCUGCGGAGGAGAUGGGACAGUUGGCUGGAUUUUGGAUUGCAUUGAUAAGGCCAACUUCGCAAAGCAUCCACCCGUGGCUGUCCUGCCUCUUGGAACGGGAAAUGACCUGGCCCGCUGUCUCCGCUGGGGAGGGGGUUAUGAAGGGGGCAGCCUGACAAAAAUCCUGAAGGACAUUGAGCAGAGCCCCUUGGUGAUGCUGGACCGCUGGCAUCUGGAAGUCAUCCCCAGAGAGGAGGUGGAGAAUGGGGACCAGGUCCCGUACAACAUCAUGAACAACUACUUCUCCAUCGGCGUGGAUGCUUCCAUCGCACACAGAUUCCACGUGAUGAGAGAGAAACACCCUGAAAAGUUCAACAGCAGGAUGAAGAACAAGCUGUGGUACUUUGAAUUCGGCACCUCAGAGACCUUCGCAGCCACCUGCAAGAAACUCCACGACCACAUAGAGUUGGAGUGUGACGGAGUUGGGGUGGACCUGAGCGGCAUCUUCCUUGAAGGCAUUGCUAUUCUCAACAUUCCCAGCAUGUACGGUGGCACCAAUCUCUGGGGAGAAACCAAGAAGAACCGGGCUGUGAUCCGGGAAAGCAGGAAGGUCGUCACUGACCCCAAGGAACUGAAAUUCUGCAUUCAAGACCUCAGUGACCAGCUUCUUGAAGUGGUGGGGCUAGAGGGAGCCAUGGAAAUGGGGCAGAUCUACACUGGCCUGAAGAGUGCAGGCAGGAGGCUGGCCCAGUGCUCCUCUGUCUCCAUCAGGACGAACAAGCUGCUGCCAAUGCAAGUGGACGGAGAGCCCUGGAUGCAGCCACCUUGCACGAUUAAAAUUACUCACAAGAACCAAGCGCCUAUGAUGAUGGGGCCCCCCCAGAAGAGCAGCUUCUUUUCUCUGAGGAGGAAGAGCCGUUCUAAAGACUAGACACUAUGCCCAAUGCUAGUUCAACCAAGAGAGAAGACAAGAAACUGAAGCACACACAUACACACGUACACACCACACACAUGCGCGCGCGCGCACACACACACACACACACACACACACUCUCUCUUCUCCAACCAGUGGAAGCCAAGCCACCCUUCAGCAAGAAGGCUUCACCCUGACAUCCAUUCUAUUUCAACUAUGGACACACUCCAACAGAGCCAGUGCCGGCAGGACAUUGUGAAUGGACUUAGAGCCCUCCAGGGCGCAGCUGGCUCAUGCAGCAACUCCCACUUUCCCAGAAGACCUUGAGCGGGACUUUCUGAGACUGAAGGAGAAACCCCCCCUUUCUUUCCACCACCCCUGCAAGUUUCCUCGCCGCUCUCAAGGAGCAGGCUGCAGGUUUCCUGUCUAAGGGGAGAUCGGAUGUGGCCAAGGGAAAGAGCCUGUGUUCCAGGGGACGCUCACAAAGGUCCCUCUGUGAGGAGACAAAAACACCUCCAACUCUCAAAUCGCAGCCCUUGGCAGGACUCAGCAUACGCACGCUGGUUUCUUGGUUGUCCUUCGAGUGACAGCUUCUCCCGGAACUUGCUGAGGAGGCAGAAAGGCUGUGGAAAGCUGCGUUUCCCUUCUUGGUUCUGCGCACCCUCAGUGGGCAGUGGUGAUUUUCCUGAAGCCUUCUGCUGGCUGUGUGUUUGUUUAGAGCCGGCUCCAAGAGCCCCCAGAGCUGCCUACAUAGCACACCUUAGAUGUGGUAUUUAUUUUCUUAGUUCUGUGAACACCUGGGAGGGAAAGCAGAGAAACUGAGAUUUAUUUUUCAAAUUGGUGUCAUAAUAUUGUGUAAAAAGGGAAGAAAAAAAAAAAAAACCACCCCCAGCUUCUUUCUUUUUCAAGCCACAGCGUGUUUCCUGUUUGAGUUCCAAGCCCUGGUGGCAGACUAUUCCUGAAGGCAAAGAAGAUGGGAGGGAAGGGCCAUUUGCUGAGGAGACCAGGAGACAAGGCGUCAGGCAGUUCCCUCCUGCCUCUGCGACGACCACUCCCCGAGCACGACCUGAAGGCCCUACUGAAGGUCUUGAGUGUGUGUACUUAUAUGUAGCAUAUAUAUAUUUAUAUAUACAAAUAUUUAUUUACUGGUGGAUUUUUCUGGAUUGAAAAAAAUAUGCAGUACAAGAACAGAAAGUGGGAAAGAAAAAGAAGGCUCUGACUCCCCGUUUCUGCCAUUUCAUUGUCCAGGCACAUUGCCCUGUGGUGAUCAUGAGAUUUAAGGGAAAUUAAAGUAUCUCCUUAUCAUAAAGAGACUGAGAAUUUCCAUUCUGGAUCCUCAAAACAACAUGAAAGCUAUGCUGGGCAGGAUUUACUCUCCCAUUUGUCAGAUAAGGAAACUGAGUCUCGGAAAAGUUAAGAGACUUGUCCAUGGUAUCUUGGCUAAUGUGGUUUGGGACUAGGUACCACUAAGAAGAUAUGUAACAGGGAAAAGAACCUACACAUCUUGGAAAAGGGUCAUUUCUGGUCACUGAGAAGCGAUUCCAUUUGGAUCCAGGUUGCCAGAGAGGAAUGAACGUGUGGCACAUGUGUGGAUGGGACAAGCCCACAUGAGAGAAUGAGACCUCCCAGUACUUCCCAGAGACUCUCUCUGGCCUGACCUGGUGAGAAGCUGGUCCAGGGUUGAAGGCAGUGGACAGAUCUUCAAAUUAAACUCUCCACAUGUCAUCUCAUCACGGUCACCAUAGUCUCUUAAUCUAGAAACCCCUCUGGCUGCCCGGAUGACCUCAGUGGAGAGGCACAAGGAGGACAGAGGCACCUCAGCAGGGAGCUGCCAGCCAGUGCCCAGAGGGGCCUCAGCAGAGUUCAGUGGGCUUCAUUCAGCUGGCAACAGCAUCACCGCCCUCCCCGAGGGCAAGUCUGUGGAGAACUUUGUUGGUAAAAAGAAACAUUCACCUCGGCACCUUUGCUCCUUCAGCCUUCAUCCUCUCUGAGAUUUCCGAAAAGGAAACCUGGACCCACUCGACGUCACUCCACUGAGCUCCCUCUGAUCUCCUAACACUGGGUCAGGAGCUUUGCGCAAGGAAGGGAAAAUUAGGAUUGUGUGUACAAACUGAUCCUAACUCUGAAAGAAGCAGUCAUCUAGGACCGUCUAAGACAGAGAUCUAGAACCAUCCUGUUCAACCUAACAGUGCAGACCGCUGGGCAAGGGGAAAGCAGGCCACCUGAAGAAUGUCCUGAAUGAUGGGCUCCUUGGGGAUGGGACUAACAAGCUCAGAAUGACAACAGGUACUAUCUUUGAAGCCACUUGAUUCUGAAAUGAAGGCAGGUUCAAUUUGGGGUCACUGAUUCUAAGACAUUUGCAGAAAUUCUUGAAUGUGUUUCAGCCUCAGCCCCCCAAGAUUGAGGCUGUUGAGACAUGGCACUAUCAACAGGUGAAAGUGAUUCUUAGAGACUCACAAGUCGGAGACUGGCCCCUGACUGCCCACUGUGGUGCACAGGACUGGCAACGUUGCUUGAGAGACAUGGCCCAUGUCCUCCUUAAAGCCACAAAGUAUAGCAAACAUCGGUGGAAUUGUACUUUCAAUUUUGUAACCUCA